AUGAUUCGAAUGAAAAAAUCAAUAAAAGAUCAAGAUCAAACUACAGAAUCGGAAACACCAAACUACGAAAUAAUUGAACUACAAAAAUCAUUUGAAACGGAAGAAUUGCGAUUUUCAGAUAUUUUGAAACGCUCUGAAAUCUUUGAAGAAAAUCAUGAAAGUCCUGUUGAAAUUACAUUGAUGAUGGAAACAUUUGAGAAUUCUUUGGAGAAAGUUCCGAAAUUUGAUUUCAAGGAAAAAUCUGGAUCUCCAAAAUCUGAUGUGAUUUUGAACAUCGAUGGUGUCAAAUUGUAUGCGAAUAAAAUAUUGUUGGCGAUUCAUUCAAAAGUUUUUGAUAGUAUGUUUUACUCAGAAUUUGUGGAGAAAAAUCAAACGGAAAUUAUUUUGGAAGAUGAUGAUCCUGAAGAUUUCAUAGAAAUUUUGAAGUUAAUUUAUCCAUCUGCGGGUUCAACAAUUAUACAAGAGUCAAAUGUUGAAGGAAUUUAUAAAUUGGCUGACAAAUAUUUCAUGACUCAUGUUAUGUUUCAAUGCGAACAUUUUAUGGAGACAUCCAAAGAUUAUUCUGUUAGAGAUUGGUUGGUUGCGGAAAAAUAUGAUGUUCCAGAAUUGAUGGUAAGAUUUUCAGCUGAGACAAGAAGAAAAUCAAUAAUUUGACAUUUUUCAGAAGAAAUCAAAACCAACGUUCGUGCGACAGUUAGCGGAAUCAAUUGAUUUUUAA